AUGCCCCUCGAUACCUCUACAACCUACCGUCUCACCCGACUCCGUCUCGAUGGCCGAAGAUGGAACGAGCUCCGGCUUGUCCAAGCUCAAAUCUCCACGAACCCAGCUAGCUCCGGUUCUUCAUAUCUCGCAAUGGGGAACACCGUCGUGGUAUGCAAUGUCCACGGUCCCGCCGAGGGAAAGCGAUCUGAAACUGCAGGUGGAGGGGGAGGAGCUGUGGUCUCAGUGGUUGUAAACAUAGCCGGGUUCGCGGGUGUUGACAGGAAGAAGAAAAGCAUGAUGGCUGGCGGUGGAGGAGGAGGUGGUGGUGGAGGCGAUAGACAAGCUACGACUGAACUCUCGUCCGCUCUGCGCGACGCUUUCCAACCACACCUGCAUACUCACAUAUACCCUCACAGCACGAUAUCACUUCAUGUCUCCGUGCUCUCUUCUGACGGCUCCAUAUUUGCUGCUUGCAUAAACGCCUGUACCCUUGCCCUGGUGGACGCCGGCAUCCCCAUGCCAGGCCUCCUCUGCGCGUGCACAGUAGGCAUGAGUGGCCGUGCCUCUACUCCCGCCGCUGAACUCGCCCAGUCGCGAGUAGGCGGAAUAAACGAAAGCUUGGAUCCGCUGCUCGAUCUAUCUCGCCCCGAAGAACUAGAAUUGCCGCACAUGACGGUCGCAAACACGAAUCCAGUUGCGGGUGCUUCAGAAGAGGGCGAAGAGGAGGAGCAGAUGCUUUCUAUCGUGCGGAUGGAGUCUGGCGUCCAUAUAUCGUAUUUGGAGACCAUGUUUGCGGUGGGAAUUGACGGGUGUAAGCAGGUGAGAGAGAUAUUAAAUGGGGUGUUGAAGAGCGCAGGCAGGAGGGUUCUUGAGGGAGAAACAGGCUAUCAGGCCGGUAUGGAUAUGGAGCCGUGA